AUCGCGUACCCCAAAUCGCGAUAAAGAGCGUUCUCAUCCGUAUAAAAGCCGGCCGAAACUGAAAAUCUUCACUCAACAUGAACGCCAAGUUGGUCAUCGUUCUUGCCUGCGCAACUCUCGCCUUGGGCGGAGUUCACAAGCUCACCGGUCCCCAGCUCUUCAGGGCUGGCGACAAGAUCGUUGGAGGCUCCCCUGCCGCCGCUGGAGAAAUCCCCUGGCAGGUGUCCCUGCAGUACUCUGACGGAUUCCACUUCUGCGGAGGCUCCAUCAUCUCCGAGGAAUGGAUCCUGACUGCUGCCCACUGCUCUGACCAGGUUGCUUCCCAAGUCCGAGUUAUUGUCGGCACCCUUGAGAGCGCCAACCCCGGACAGACCCUCGAAGUCGCCGAGAUCGUUGCCAACCCCGACUACAACUCCAACACCUUCACCGGAGAUAUCGCUGUCUGGAGGGUUGCCUCUCCCAUCGCCUGGGAUAGCAACACCCAGCCUGCUGCUCUGUCCACCGCCACUCCUGGAACCGGAGACUUGACCACCGUCUCUGGUUGGGGCACCACCUCCUUCGGAGGAUCCGCCUCUGAUGUCCUCCUGAAGGUCAAUGUUCCCAUCUUCGACUAUGCCGAGUGCGACAGCAUCUACUCCAACUUUGGUGGCGUGCCCUCUGACCAGAUCUGCGCUGGCCUUGCCGAAGGUGGCGUUGACUCUUGCCAGGGUGACUCUGGCGGCCCCCUCUUCUUGGCUGGUGGUGGCGCCGUUGUUGGCGUUGUCUCCUGGGGCAAUGGCUGCGCUUUCGCUGGAUACCCUGGUGUCUACACUGACGUUUGGUCCAACCGCGACUUCAUCAGCAGCACCACUGGUGUCUAAAUAUCUGACGAUCGAUAACCAAUAAAAUUGGCUAAAAAAUAUACAAAA